AUGGCUUCAUCCGUUGAGGCUGUUUUGAAAGACACCGAGUACCGACCGGAAUUGCAGGAACGCAUCGCUCAUCGCAGGGUCCCUCAGAUCCUAGAGGUUGCCGAGCCCGACCCCUCCUGGCCCGAGACCUUCAAGGUCCUCGAGUCCCGCAUCCUCAGCGCCCUCGGCAACGAGGUCAUCUCGGUCGAGCACUACGGUUCCACCAGUGUCCCCGGCCUUCCAGCCAAGGCCAUCAUCGACAUCGACCUCACCGUCAGAGACCCCGUCGACGAGGCCUCGUACGCCGCGCAGCUCGAGGCGGCCGGCUUCCAUUUCAUCUCGCGCCAGCGGCACUGGCACGAGAAUCGCUUCUUCUGCUCCUACAAGCCGGCGGCAAACGUCCAUGUCUGGGGGCCCGGUUCGCCCGAAGCGCUGCGGCACAAAAUCUUCAGGGACUGGCUGCUGAAGAGUAAGGACGACAGGGAGCUCUAUACCAAGGCAAAGCGAGAUGCUAUAGCGGCGACGAGCACCGCAGCCAGCAACCCGGGCCAGCAGUAUAACUCGAGGAAGGAAAGUGUCGUUCGACAGAUUCUCCAAAGAGCACUUCGAGACGCGGGCUGCGUCCAGUGA